AUGGACCACCAUGGACUGUAUGCGGACAUCUCGAACAGUUUCCCCAGUGCGGGCGGUCUACCGAGCACGAGCGUGAAGUACCAGCUUCACAAUCCGCCGCAGAUUCCACCCCAGCCGCCUCCCGUGCCAGGAUCGGGGCCUGCCCUGGGUUCCCGCCAGUUCCAGUACCACCAUUCGCAGCAGCAACCAUCGUCCCUGAGCUCCCUGCUCCACUCGCAAUCCGGCGUAGCGGCAGGGGCUUAUGGCCAGGCGCAGGACACUACUGCUGGUGCCCACCACCAGAUCCACCAGCGGCAUGCUGCUCAGCAACAAUCAAGCCAGCGGCAACAUCAGCAUCCCGAACCGACCCAUCGUACCGUAAACGGUGGCGUUGGCAACCUGGGAGCUGACCUCUACCCGAACGAAACCGUCGGUUUAUUCGAGGCCACCAGCAACACGAACAGCAGCAGCGGAGGUACACUCGCCGGUGGCAACCAAAACAGCAGCUACAGCUCGAGCGUGUCGAACAGUUCGCGCAAAUACGAGACAAACACCGGGGACAGCAUCACAUACAACAUCAACAACAUCAACACGAACAUUGUGAACAACAUUAGCGCCGGCCACCAGACCGGCCCACCGGCGGUAGCGGCGAUCGCCAAUGGUGGUGGUGGUGUUGGGGGAACUGUCGAUUUCCUCUGCGGCGGUAUAACGACCGGCGGAUCGCAGUACGGUUCCGGAGCGGCCGGCACAUCAGCCUCCGGGUCGAUCGCGGUGAACGGCGGCAGUGCUACGGGCGGCGUGCAAGGUGCAAGCAAUCCGACGAUCAUCAACAUUAGCAAUAACAAUCAUAACAUAAUGGCCCCACCGUACCCGUACCAUGGCGUGCCGCCGUAUCAGACCGGGAAGCCGGUCGGUGGCAAGUACUCGGCGGCAGUAGGUGGUGGCGGCGGCGGCGGCGCGGGUUCCACUGGAUGGACGGAGUACGCUAACCAUCAACAUGAAGCCUCCGUGAUCGGGAACUUUGAAGCCAAGAACCCGAACAAGUAUCACCCCACGAUGGUGGUUGGUGCCACAGGAACGGGAGGCAUCGGAAGUCGUAUGACCGGCGGCGGCUACCGAUACGCAUCCGAGUACGUUGGUGGGAGUCAGCAAACGGGUCAGCCGUCGUCAGGAGGUCAGCAGCAGCAGCACGGUGCACAUUACGCAUCGCAAGGCGCAGGAUAUGGAUUGUAUCACCCGGAUGGUGUGCAAGUGUCGCCGGUCCAACAGUCGGCCCUGGGCGCCGUAGGUUACGAGGCGUAUCCUCACAUUGUGCGCAACAACAAGUACACGUCCGGCCCGUCGGUCAUGGGACCACACAUGACGGGUGGAUCACGAGCCAGCAGCUCCGAUCUCAUGUACAACGAACGAUCUCAACGCUACGUCAGUAGCUAUGCCAGCGGCAACGCGUACCUUUCGUCGGCUGCUGGCGCCCACGGCCAGGUGCCGGGACCAACCACCGGUGCGUUCUACCCGUCAAUGGUGCCGGGAGCGAAGGGCAUGAUGAACCCGGGACCGGAGUACUAUGGCAACUCGUACGUGAAGCAGCUACCAGCGCACCACGGCCAUCAUCACCCACCAAACCACACCCCGUACAUACCACCGAAUCGUAUGGCGUAUGCGAGCGCAGGCCAAACCCCGAAUGCCAACUACCACCACCCUCACCCACAAACCCACCCACAUCACCCGCAUCACGUUUCCCAUCCACACAAAGGCACGACGGUGAUCGGCGGUGCGGGUUACGGCUACAGCUCAAACGGUGCCAGUUCCUCCUAUGACGAUCCGUACCAUCAGCGCACGGCGAUGGCACGUGUGCCUUUGAGCGGCCAUCCUUAUACCAGCGAUCCGCACCAUCAUCAUCCGGUGCACGCGGCAACACAGUACGCCAAUCCGCUGCCAGCGCAAUCAACCGCAGCCAGCUAUCAUCACCAAACGUCGAUCGGACUCGGCGGCUACCCGAACCCAAAGCUGACCUUCAGUAAGAACGUAAACGAUUUCUACUCACCCAACGUGGCUUCGGGUGCCUCGCAGCAGCAGCAGCAACACUACAGUGCACCAGUGUCCGCGAUGCAACCAACCAGUGGCGGCCAUCACGGGGCUCACUAUGGGGUUAAGUAUACCUCGCAAACGAUCGUACCGCCACAUAAGGUGCCACCGAGUAGUGGCGGCGGAGGAGGGGUUAGUAAACAGACGAGCUGUUACUACGACACACCGAAUCCGGUGAUCGACAUCAACCACCCGCUCAUUGAUCUGGAGGAACAGAUCAACAGCGUCAAGAUCCUUAAGAACCCCCCCAAUGCUAUGGCUGGUGGCGGGUAUGAAGCGAUCCAUCCGCUAAACUACGACUGCCAGCAGAUGUACCUACAGAAUCGCUAUUUGCACGCAAAACCGGCCACCUCGACCGCUAGUGGCAACACAGGGGGCUACAUCAGCGGUGGUCUAUCGACUGCCAGUGGGAGCCUGCAUCACGCACAGCGUCAUCUGUAUUCUCAUCAUCAUCAGCUCCAUCAUCCGGAAGCGAUGGGGGCUUUUGGAGCAUAUACCACGAUCGAGGACCUGGAACUGUUGCCGAGAAGCUUUGCGCUCGAUGAUAGCCUAAAGGACAAGAGCCUUCGCGACUAUCUGACCAGCUGGAGCGAGAUGGAAGAGGAGGACCCCAAUGCGAGCAAGGGAGUGCCGAAGGAAGCUAACAAUAACUUAAGCGCCCAUCAGAACUUUGAGUCAUACAACUAUCCACAGCAGCAGCAGCAGCAGCAACAGCAACCGCUAGUAGCUACUUCUACUACUGCACCGCAACCAACCAUCAGCCCUGCGCCCGUGAAGCCGCCGACGGAAACAACCAUGGCCAUAGCUUCGCCACAGCCUGCUAAGCCUGAGGAAGCGCCGGUGAAACCUCCACCAUCGGUGCAGUGUCCCGUUACCGGGCACACGGGCGUGAUCGUAGCCAACGUGCAGAAUACGGGCAAUCUGCCGGACAUUCUGGUCGAUAUCGAGAAGCCGGCCAAACCCGACGAACCCCAGGGCAAGGACGACGAAAAGCUGUACAUUCUCGAGACGUACGAUGUGCCACAUUCGGAGCUGAACAAGUACAAACACCUAAACGUCAUCAACGAGCUGCCGAAGAAUGUGGUCCCCAUCAACGAUAGUGCCGAUUCGCUCAAGUUUCUCGAGGAGAUCGAAUCGAACCGGGAAAAGUACUACCAAACGGAGCUCGAGUCGGAAGUGGUGUACGAGGAUCGCAAGAUGGACGAGAAAGUCAAACAGCAGGAAGAGCUGGAGGUGGAAGAUGGAACCGCCAGCGAAGAGGAAUCGGACCGGACGAACGUUGAUCCAAAGUCCGUCAUACAGCAGCCAAAGGUUGAGGUCGAAAGCACCGUUCAGGAGGAAGAUUUGCUGCCAGAGCAACAGGACACUCAGGAGCAAUCACAGCAACCAGAGCACGAAACUGAUAGUCAACACGAAGAAAUGCUGAACGAAGAAAACUCCUGCGAAGAACAACAGACAUCUCAGGAAGCUUCGGAAGAGAUGGGGGAGGCCAAGCCAAGUGUCAUGGCUGACGCGAGUCCUCAAGAGACUCAGUACCACCCGGAGGCCCCACCGGAGACCCAACCAGAGGAAAAUGUGGGUUUCGAACCGGUGGUUAAUGAAGAAACGUUCAAAGUGCCACGCUGUUACCCAAAGUAUCGCAAACGGCGCUUCUACGACUACGAUAUGCCCCGUUUCCCGAAGAAAGCCCGUCGGUCAAGCAUCGAAGAGUUUAUCAAUUGUGAUAUGCCGAAAUUCAAAGUACAAACGUUCAGGCGAAACCCGAAAAGCCUGGCGAGUCUGCUGUUGGACACGCUCAACUCGAAGCCAUUCCGGCGCUGGGCCAAACACGAGCUGGAGCAACGACAGGAGCAACAUUCACAACAGCAAGAGCCCGCGCCGGUUGCUAUGGUGGAAUCGCAGGAGCCUCUGGAGCAACUCGCUGCAGAAGGCGAAGUUCCGGAAGCGUACACGGAACAGCAGGAGGAACCACCAGCGACCAACGAUGGGGUGAUUGUUCCGUCCCUGAAAGAACUGUGCUAUCAGCGAAUUGAUGCGCUGGAUUUGUACUUGCAGCCGGCACCUCUGAAGGAACUGUGCGAAAGGGUGAUUUGCGUUAACAAGCACCUUUACAUCAUCGAGGAGCUCAAGAGUGAACCACCGCGGCUGCAGGAUCUGUGCAAGAAUGUUCUGAGUGAGACCAACAUCUUUAUCGAUGUGACCGAUAAUGGUGCGGUGUGCAUUAUCGACAACACUGAAGAUGGUGACGCGGUCGGCGAAAUUGAGCUGCCGGCAAAACAAUCGUCUCCGUCCGGCGGUCGAGUAUUUAUCGUUGAAGAAGACCGGGGAACGAUUGCUGAUCUGCUGCGCGAAAGCGUACAGCUGCAAGAGGAGGACCUCGUGGUGAUGCGGCAACAUUCGGAGGACGAUUGCGAAGAUCACGAGAUCUUUAUGGCCAACCUAAACACGGAGGAACCGGCACCGUGCGUCGUCGGUGAACGAGCGGUGCUCUCGGACAGCGAAAACGAUAUAUUUCUUCGCGUCGAGCAGGAGAUCGAGAAAAUGAUGCACACCAGUUCCUCGGAGGACGAAUGUGAGGUGAUAAUGAUCGAACCGGAGCCUGAACCGGGCGCGAUGGUGAUGGAAUCGGAGCUUUUUGCGUUCGAUGAGGAUGCUGAGUGUAUACAGUACGAAGAGAUCGUACCGGUGGACGAGGAACAGUACUUCAAGGAGGGUGUUAUCAGACAGCUCCGAUCGAAGUACUUGUCCCAUCAUGCCCAUCGACGGACGUUUCGUCAUCGUAUGCUACGAAAAUAUCUCAUCCACCAGCGUUUCAUUCAAUUGCGGACGGAGGUGCUAGCAAGGGCCAGUGUCCCGUUGCGUCAACUGAUCGAUCGACGAAGACGCAGACUUCCGGUGCAUGUGGCAGAGCCUAUCGAUCGGCAGAAUGAAGACAGCAAUUGCUCCGACAGCUCUAGCAGCUCCAGUAGUAGCAGCUCCUCAAGCAGUUCCUCCGCCAGUUCCUCGUCGAGUUCGUCGUCCUUCAGCUCAUCGUCUGACAGCAAACGAAGCAGGGUGACGGAAGAGGAAACGAUCGAUAUCGUUUCGACCACCGAAAGUGCUUCAGAAGAUCUGUCGAGAAACAACGCAUUGGAGACGAACAACAAUGAAAUUGUGGUUUCAUCGCCAUUGAAGCUGGAGAGUGCAGCACCUUAUGAAUCUCGAGCCGAAUCUACCGGCGAUCAGGAUGAUCGGCUUCCGAAGUCGCCGGAAAAGGGUAGCAUUGAGGACAUCCGGAGCCCUGCUCCCGUGGACAGUGGAAGCAGUAGUAGUUUCGACGCUUGCAACCCCAAAAGCAGCCCCUCCAGUAGCCCUCGAAGCAGCAGCAGCAGCAGCCAGGGCGAUACCAGCCCGUCCAUCACUGGUUCAGCGGCAGCAGCCCACGCGGCAACGGAUCGUCCACGUACAGUGAUCGUUUCGCCGCCGAUUUCGAGAAAAAAGAAAAAGCUAUCGUUCGAGGAAAGUUUGCUACACAUCGAGCAAAUGUACCGCAAACCCUCGAGCCCCACACUGUUGCCUGUGGCGGCAGCGGGCAGUCGAUUGACAAGCCCUUCCGUGGUGGUACCAGCGGCACGUCCAAACGUGAUUGUCAACGUGAACAACAAGCGUGAAGUGGCCCGCAAGUUGAUCAUACCCUCGUACAAGAUUUUCGACCAAACCACCGACGAUCAACCGGAGGUGCUGGUCGUCAAUGGGCACCGCAAACCCUCGAUCGAGGUUAUGACCACCACCACCGCUUAUGUGGCCGAUUCGCGAGGUAAAUCGAUGACACCACCGCCACACCGUAGAACAUCCCUCAGUGCCUCGCCGUCAUACAGCAGUCGCUCCAUUUCCGAGCACGGUCGACGGGUUCGUGAGCUGGGCCGACGGAAAGCUUCCCUGGUGCGGCGCCGUAGCUGCUGCUGCUCGCCCCUGCCGCGCUCACCUGUGCCCGCUGCACGGGUAAGUGCAUCACCGUCGGCGACAGCGGCGUCCCCGCCGUCACCAGCGCUGAUGCAGCUCAUCGAAAGCACCGCACGGUCGCCCGUACCGUACGUGCGGCUCGAGCGAAGCGAUUACGCGGAAAAACUGGCGGAAAAUUAUCGCCGCCAGCACUACCCAAGGUCUUCGUAGGCCUUCGUGUGUGUGUCGUUGGAAAGAGGUGCAACCCCGGGGGAGGCGCGCUGUAAUCGAACACUAAACGCGAAUCAGUCACACUUUUGGGGAGAGUGUGUACUAAAG